AUGCCGACGAUUAACUUGGAGACCUUUACAACUAUCGAUUUAUCGCUCGACGAGAUUGUAGAAGACACACAUACUUGCGCUGCCCGAGGCACUGGUCGCGUCAAGAUCGAUAGCCUCACGAUUUGGGCAGUCGAUGAAGCAGAUGCCAUGAAGCCGUAUGACCUCAAGCUGGCCCUUCUCGAGCGGGGGCAGUCUACUUUCGGAUCCAAGAAAGCCCUCUUCUCGCGCCUGCUCUCGUUCGUUGCUGAUGACGCCGCCCGUCGAACCUCGCCUCUACAAAGCAAUGAGCAUCUGACCUGGCGCUAUAUUGCAUUACACUGGUAUCGCCAGCGCUGUGCUAUAUGUCAGAAGUUCGUGGAAGAGAACUGGGAGGCUGUAGCGCUUCCCCAUCAGCAAGCGCAUGGCUUUCCUCGUACUGCAAUAGUGACUUGUCCACCCUUGCCUCUAGACUACGCGCGGAGCGAAGCCGAUCUUUUCUCAACAACACAUCAACAACAAAUGAAAGCCUACCUGCUUGCUCUUCUAUGUGCCGCGCUACUAUCGUCGUCCAUUCGAGGCGAGCCACAUACAAAGGAUUAUCAACUUUCCGCAGCAGAUCAGGGCUACUGCGACGUCCACCUGCAGAACGGCGAGACUGAGUUUGUCUCGUUGGAGUCAGUCGUCCACGAGCCGAGCAUUCAGGCUAUCACCUCUUGGUACGGAGGAGACGAUGUCAGAGCAGAAUUCAGUAAUCCGGUCGACAUGCCCUUCUCGAUGUCAGGUAAUGUGCAUGUCAAGAGACCUCAUGCCAGUAUCGAUCUACUUCUCGAAGCCUUGCAGCGCCCUGCUCGCGCUCAAUACACAUUCUGCUGCAGCACGGUCAUCAAAUUUGCGCUCGAGGCAGGAGCGGCAGAUGCGAGUCUCAAGCUGCUAGAGUGGGAACUCGGUCUAUCAUGUGAGUACACGGUCUGCAACACAAUAACGCUCGAGGUUCGCGAUUCGAACUCUGGCAUUGUGGCUUCCAAUCUGAACGCCAAGUCCAAAUGA